GAAAGGUAGCUCUAAAUAGACUUCUGGAUCAAGUCAAGCUUCUUAAAAAAGAGGAGAGAAAAGCCUAUGCCACUAGUCUUAACGCCAUUUUGGAGAAAAUGGGAAUGGAUUUCUCUGACAAAAUGUCUGAAGAACAGGAAAAGUUCUUGGAAGUUCAACUUAGCAAACCAUUGAUGGAAGUUCCACAUAUUUCAGGAGAGAUGGUAAAUAUCAGGGACUUGGACGCCGUGCUCGAGAAGAUGGACAUCGAACUCACCAAAGGAGAAGCCAAAGAGCUGAAAAGAUCCCUCUCAGCUGAUGCUAAGGGGAUGAUUGAUCUGGACUCACUGGUGAAUGUGCUACAAGUUAAUACAGGAAGAGAAAUUGAUAUCAGUGACAUGGAAAAUGUCAUAAAAGAUGUGGAGAGAGAGAGAACACCUAGAGAACAGCUGGAGCGUGAGAAGUCAUUUCCAUCUCAUGUUGAUGUCCGUAAUCUUGACAGUCUACUUGGAAACAUGGCAUUCAAAUUGAUUCCUGAGGAACUUCCUGAGUCAGCUGCAAAGUUAGCAGUGCAUAGAAGAGAUGUCGACACGAAAAGCAUUUCUAAAUACAAGGAAUCAGAACCUGAAAUUCAGGAACCCUCAGAAUUGGUGGAUAAUCUGUCAAUUGAAGGAAGAAAAAUUGAUAUAGCCAGUUUGGAUGACACUCUGGGGAAGAUGCAGAUUCACCUCUCAGAAAAAUCACUAGAGAAGCUGAUUGAAGCCCUGCCUGAAGGAGAAAAGAUUGACCUCAUCGAUAUAAGAAGUAUCCUGCAUUUAAGGAAUAUCUCUGGAGAAAGCAUAGAACUAAAAAAUAUUUCUACUGAUGACAUUCGAGAAUUCUACCAAAAGAAAUUGGCUGAGAGUGUGGAAGACUUUGAAGAAAAAAGUAUUGAUGUUCAUGAACUGGAGCCUGUUUUGCAAACCAUAAAUGUGAAGCUUUCAGGAAGUCAAAUGAGUGACCUUAAGGAAAACCUGCAGGUUGAUGACAGUGGGAAGACUUCAUUCAGAAGUUUGUUGGAUUCCCUCACAGCAAUUGUAGCAAAAGAAUUAGGUAUUGAAGAUGUGAAAAGUGUUCCAGAAGAUGUGGAGUUGGAAGACAUGGAGAAAGAGAAACUACAGCUCUUAAAAAGCCAGCUACCUGACGAAUGGAUUCCUGAUUCCAAAAAUCUGGAUAUUCUUUUACAAAGAGUGGGAAUCAACCUUGAAGAACAGGAGAUCAGUGAUCUGCUACAAAGUCUGCCGGUUGGUGUUCAUGGGGAAGUGGAAAUGGAAACAUUUUUAGAUAAAGUAGCAACUUUCACAGGAAAAAAGAUUCAUAGAAGUGACAUGAAGGAAGUUCUGGAAGACACAGGGAUAGAGAUCACAGAUGAAGGGAUCAGAGAGUUAAAGGAAGUACUACCCUUUGAUGCUUCGGAUCGUGUAUUUCAGAACAGAAUGUUGGAUGUUGUGGUAUCCAUGAGUGACGGAGAAGUUAAACUUGAUAAUGUGAACUCUGUCCUGGGAAAGCUGGGAGUGAAACUUACACCAGAGGAGCAAGAAAGCGUAAUGAAGAUUCUGCUAUCUGAUGAAGAGAGCUCUGAUGGAAAAGUUCCACUUGGUCAACUGAUGCUUGCAGUGACAGAAGUUACAGGAGGAGAAGUCAACAUCAAAGAUAUAAAAAGUGCUAUAGAAAAAAUGGGAAUAGAACUCACAGAAAAUGAAUGUUCUCAAUUAGAGAGCGUGCUUCCAGUUAAUGCCAACAGGAAGGUGCACAGGAAGAGGUUGUUCGAAACGGCAGUUGCCUCCAAAAGCGGUCUUGUGGAUGUUGCUAACAUAGACACAGUUUUGCAAAACAUUGGAAUGAAGUUCACAAAAGAUGAGAUAGAUAAUUUGCUAGAGGAAGUGCCUGUCGAUGAUAAUCAGAAGGUUGAAUUGAAGAACUUGCUAGAUUCUAUAGACAAUUUUGCUGAAAAUAGUAUUGAUGCCAACAAACUACUAACAGUUCUGAGAGACAUGGGGAUUGAACUCACUGAAGAAGAAGAGGAGGCACUACGGGAUGCCCUCCCCAUCCAAGAAUCUGGAACGGUGCAUAAGAAGAGAGUGCUGGAAGAAGUGAAGGCGAUGAAAGGAGGAAUGGUUAAGGUCAGUAACCUAGACACUGUUCUGGAAAGUAUGGACAUCAAACUCACGGAUAAAGAACAUGAAAGCCUGACAGAAAAUCUGCCACUCACUGCUGAUGGAAAGAUUCAUCUUGGUCAAGUGCUAGAAACAGUAGAAACUAUUACAGGGGGAGACAUUGAUAUCCAAGACAUGGGAAAUGUUCUGAAUGAAAUGGGAAUAGCUCUCACAGAAAAGGAAAAGAAAGAGCUGAUAGAAUGUCUACCCAUCACUUCUAAAGAAAAAGUCCACAAGAACAGGAUAAUGGAUGGUUUGAAGUCUUUUAAUCGUGGGACUGUUAAUCUCAGUAAAAUCGAUGUGGUUUUGAAAAACAUGGGGUGGAAGCUCACAGACGAAGAAAUCAAGGAUCUGAAGCAGAGCCUGGCUGCUGAUGUGCAUGGAAGAGUUGCAUUGAACAAAUUGUUUAAGGGAUUAAGAACAUUUACAGGGCCAAAGGUUGACAUGCGGGCUCUUCCGGAUCUACUGGAAAAAGUGGGCCUUGAGCUGACAGAUAAAGAGCAGAUGAGUCUGAUACGCGGGCUGCCUGUUGAUGAAUCUGGGAAGAUCUAUAAGAACAGAUUGUUGAGUGGGAUAAAGUCUUUCAAAGGAGGAAAAGUUAAACAAAAUAAAAUAAAUACUGCCCUAGAAAAUGUGGGAAUCAACCUUACUGAAAAGGAGAUUGAUCUUCUAAAAAAAAACCUACUAGCUGAUGGUGACGGGAAAGUUAAUUUCCAUGACUUGAUGACGGGAGUAAACACUCUCGUAGGAGAAGAAGAAAAUAUCAGAGACAUAAAAGAUAUUCUAGACAGCCUGGGAUUGAGGCUCACGGAAGAGGAAUUCGUAGAGCUGAUGGAGAACCUCCCUGUUGAUGCUGAUGGAAAUUUCUACCGUAAUAGAUUGACAAACACAAUAAAGUCUCUUAAAAGAGGGAAGGCUUCUGUCAAGAAACUGGACACAAUGGUGAAAAGCAUGGGGUUGAAACUCUCAGACAUGGAAUAUAAAGACAUGAUCAAGAACCUGCCAGUGAGCGAUGCUGAAGAAGUUGAAAUGAAACAGUUGGUUGAUGCAAUGAAAGCUUUUACAGGUAAUAAAGUUGAUAUCAAUGAUCUGAAAUACAUUCUGGGAAGCAUGGGCAUUGACCUCACAGAGAAGAUGAUCUCUGAUCUGCUGAAGGUCCUCCCUGUGGACGAUGAUGAAAUGGUAUUCCAGAAAAGAUUGAUGAAUGAAGUAAAAUCUCUCAAUGAAGGGAAAGUUGAUGUCAAAAACGUAGACACUGUCCUGGAAGAAAUGGAGAUUAAACUCACAGAAGCAGAGCUUAAAGACCUAACAGAAACCCUGCCAGUUGAUGCUAAUGGCAACGUUGAACUUACUAAGUUGAUGGAUGCAGUGAAAACUCUCACAGGGGAAAAGACCGAUGUCAAAGAUGUUAAAAAAGUUCUGGAAGAAAUGGGAAUCAACCUCAAGGAAAAAGAACUGUUGAAGCUGCUAAAAAAAUUGCCAGUUGAUGAGGACGGAAAGGUCUAUAAAAAUAGGUUGAUGAACAGCCUGAAGUCUGUUAAAGGAGGGACUAUUAGUGCCACUAAAGUAGAUUCUCUUCUGGGAAGCAUGGGCGUGAAACUCGAAGAAAAGGAACUUAAAGACCUGAUGCAGAAUCUGCAGAUGGAUGCUGAUGGGAAUGUCGCUCUUAAAACGAUAAUGGAUGAAGUAAAAAACUUUUCUGGAAACAAGGUUGAUUCAAAAGAUAUUCAAAAUUAUCUCAGCAACCUGGGGAUUGAGCUAACAGAGGAAGAAUGUUCAGAGCUCAAGAAAACCCUGCCUACUGAUGCUGCUGGAAAAGUAUAUCAGAAUAAAGUGAUGGAUUCUCUAAAGUCACAAGAAGGAGGGAUGGUUAAUCUCAGUGACCUGGACAAAGUUCUUAAAAACAUGGGACUUGAGCUCACAGAAAAAGAACAUAAAAUUCUAAGAGACAACCUUAUAGUUAAAGCUGAUGGGAAGAUUGGUCUCAGUAAGCUUCUAGACACAGUAAAAGCAGCUAAAGGAAAAGAAAUUAAUGUGGAUGAAAUAGAAGACCUUAUGGAAGAAAUGGGGAUAGAACUUACAGAUAAAGAAUUCCUGAGGCUGGUGGAAAGCUUACAAGCUGAUGCUGAUGGAAAUACUUAUCACAAGAGAAUGAUGGAGGGUUUAAAGACCUAUAAAGAAGGGAAAAUCAAGGCUGAUAAAGUGGACAUGUUUCUGAAGAACACAGAUAUGGAUAUCUCAGAGACAGAACUUAAGGAUCUAAAACAAAGCCUGCCAGUUUCUGCUAAUGGGAAAAUUGACAUAAGAACUAUAUUAAACGAAGCAAACACUUACACAGGGGAAAAGAUUAAUGUCAGCAAUCUGAGAAAUCUGCUGAGAAACAUGGGGCUUGAGUUCACUGAUUCGGAGUAUACAAAGCUACUGAGAAUGCUACCGGUGGACAGUGAUGGGAUGGUGCAUUGGAAUAGAUUCCUGAAGGCUCUGAAGUUUCUCAGAGAAGGAAAAGUUGAUGUCAAGGGCCUAGGCUCUUUCCUGGAAAACAUGGGUAUCAAACUCACUGAACAGGAAGUGGAGGAGCUGGCGGAGAGUCUGCCAGUUGACGCUCAUGGGAAAAUUGAUCUAGUAAAGGUGAUGGAUGAAGCAAAAGCCUUUACAGGAGAAAAACUUGGUGUCGAUGAGGUAAAAAAUGUUCUGAAAAGCAUGGGACUAGAGUACAAAGAUCAAGAACUGUCCAAACUGAUGGAAAAUCUGCCAUUUGAUGAAGAUGGAAAGAUCUAUCAAAAAAGGUUGCUAGAGAACUUGAAGUCCUUGAAAGGUGGGAUGGUCAGUACCAGCCAUCUGAAAUCUGUGAUGGACAGCUUAGGAAUCAAACUUGAGAAAAAUGAAUUUAAGGAUCUGAUACAAAGUCUCCCUGUUGAUGUUAACAAGAAGAUUUCUCUAGAAACAUUGAUGAAAAAGUUGAAAUCUUUUACAGGAGACAAGGUCGAUGUCAGUGACUUGAGAAACAUCUUAAAGAACCUGGGGAUUGAACUCACGGAGAAGGAUCAAGAAAGGCUGCUGAAAAUGUUGCCUGUUGAUGGUGCUGGGAAGAUGUAUUACAAUAGGUUGCUAAAAGGUGUGAAGUCCUUCAAUGAGGGAAAGGUUCAUAUAAAUAACCUGGACAAUGUCCUGAAAAGUCUGGGAAUCAAUCUCAGUGAAGAGGAAUUUGCAAAGCUGUCCGAAGACCUACCUGUGGACUCUAAUGGGAAGGUUGAUCUGAAGAAGGUGAUGGAGAUAAUUAAAGCUAUAGCAGGAGGAGAAGUGGAUAGCAAACAUGUGAAAAGUGUUCUAUCAAAAAUGGGAAUAGAGCUUACAGACAAUGAAUUUUCAAAACUGAUGGAAAAUUUGUCUUUUGAUGAUGAUAACAAGAUCUUUAAGAACAAGUUACUAGAGACUGUGAUAUCUCUCCAAGGUGGUAAAGUCGACGUCAACAACCUGAGCACAGUUCUGGACAAUAUGGGAAUCAAACUUUCAAAUUCGGAGCUUAGAGAUCUGAAACAAAACAUGCAGGUUGGAGUUGAUGAGAAAAUGUCGCUACAAACAAUGAUGCAAAAACUGAAAGAUUUUACAGGUGAGAAGAUUGAGGCCAGUGAUAUACGGAGUGUCCUGGCGAACCUUAAUAUCGAGCUCACAGACAAGGAGCUGGAGGAGCUGAUGAAAAAGUUGCCCUUCGACGAGGCUGGAAAGUUGUACAUUAGCAGGCUGCUGAAGGAAGUGAAGGAUCUCAAAAUGGGGAAGAUCAAAAAGGAUAGCCUCCAUACUUCUUUGGAAAAUAUGGGGAUCAAACUCUCAAUGGAGGAGUUUGCUGAAGUGACAGAAAACCUAGAAACAGAUGCAAAGGGGAAUGCUGAUCUGCACAAAGUGAUGGAAAAAAUGGAGUCCGUUACAGAGAAUAUCAACGUAAAAAAUCUGGAAACUAUUCUAGGCAACAUGGGAGUCAAGCUGACCAACAAAGAACUGGAUGAUCUGUUAAAAAUUCUGCCCAUUGGUGCUGAUAAUAAAGUGCCUCUGAAAAUAUUGCAAGAAGAAGUAAAAAGUUUUACUGGAGAAAAAGUUGACCCCAAUGACCUAAAAGAUAUACUUAAAAAUAUGGGGAUUGUGCUUUCGGACAAGGAACUGAGAAAACUCCUGAAAAACCUGCCCAUUGACGAUGAAGGAAAGGUGUUUCAAAACAGAUUGCUGAGAAAUAUGAAGGAUAGUAAACAAGGGAAGGUUGAGGUGAAUAACCUGGAUGCUGCUUUAGAAGCCCUGAACAUCAGGCUCACCGAGGAGGAGCUUGAGCAGGCGAAGGAUGCUCUGAAAGAUGGCCAAAAGGAAAUUGACAUGAGGAAACUGUUGGAUCAAAUAGAAUCGAUUACAGGAAAAGAAGUUGAUGUCACUAAUGUGGAUAAAGUUCUUGAAGACAUGGGAAUAGAGCUUUCAGACUCAGACUUCUUUAAACUAAUGAACAAUGUGCCAGUUGAUGGUGGAAAGGUGUAUUUAAGACGGUUAAUGGAUGGUAUGAUGAUCGUUAAAGAUGGGAAGGUAGAUUCCAGUAGAAUUGGCAAAUUUCUGGAAAACUUGGGGGUGAAUCUCACUAAAAGGGAGUCUGACGAUCUCAAAAACACCCUGAAACUUGAUGAAAACCUUAAGACAGAAAUAAAAAAGCUGAUAAGCGAAGCCAAAGUCUUCACAGGUAAAAAAGUUGAUACAAAUAAACUUCAAAGUGUUUUGGGAAGCUAUGGUAUAAAACCCAAUCCUAAUCAAAUAGAGAAGCUGCUGAACAUGUUACCAGUGGACGAUGAUGCAAAAGUUUUUCAGAAAAGGUUGUUGAAGGAUGUGGCGACUCUGGAUGACGCCAUUGUUGAUGUCGACAAACUGGAUACAUUUUUAGAAAACAUGGGGAUUGAGGUCACUGAGAAAGAAUUCACGGAUCUAACAGACAUGCUGCCACAAACCUCUGAUGGGAAAGUGAAAUUAAAUAGUUUAAUGGAAAACCUGACUAGUAUUUUAGGAGAGUCGGUGGAUGUUAAUGAUACAGAAAAUAUUCUGAAAAACAUGAAAGUUGAAUUCACAGAUAAAGACUAUUUGGAUCUGAUAAAACAUCUUCCACGUAAUGCUUCAGGAAAAGUGUAUAAAAAAAGGAUAUUGGAUGGUUUAAAGAAUCUUAAAAGAGGAAAAGUUGACAUAAAUAACUUGAGCCCAUUUCUGGAAAACAUGGGGAUUGAACUCUCACAGAACGAAUUUGAAGACUUUGCAGAAAGUCUACCAGUUGAUGAAACUGGAAAGGUCAAUCUAAAAAGCAUCGUGCCAAAAAUGGAUGAGUUCACAGGAGAAAAGAUUAGUGUCGAUGACCUGAGAAACAUAGUUGAACAAAUUGGAGUUGAAGUGAAUGAUAAAGAAUAUGUGGAUCUGCUGGAAAGAUUGCCAUUCGAUGAAAAUAAGCACGUAUUUCAGAAUAGACUCCUGUCAAGUCUGAGGAGUUACAAAGGCGGAAGGGUUGAUCCCAAUAAGCUGAAGACACUCCUCAUGAACUUGGAUCUGAAACUCAAAAACAAGGAAAUGAAGAAUGUAAUGAAGAAGCAGACUUCUGACACUAACCGAAGUAUCCCUUUGAAAAAAGUGCUGGCAGAUGUGAACUCAGUGAUAGGAGAAAAAAUCAAUGUCAAAGAUGUAAAAACUUUUGUGGAAGAUUCUGGGGUAAUAAUGACACCCAAAGAACAGGUGGAACUGAUUAAAAACCUAUCAGUUGAUGAUGAAGGAAAUAUCCAUGAGAGCAGAUUGAUAGAUGAACUGAAAUCUUUCAAAGGUGGGACAGUUAAUGUCAAUAACAUCGAAAAUGUUCUGGAAAACUUGAAGAUCAAGCUGUCAGAUGAGAAAGUAAAAGAACUGUCACGGUCCCUUCCAGCUAAUGCUUCUGGGAUGACUGAUCUGCAGACAAUGCUGAAAGAAGUAAGAAAAUUCACUGGAGGAAAGAUUGAUGCUAAGGUCACACAAAGAGUGCUCGAGGGCAUGGGCAUAGAGCUUACAAAUAGGGACACCAAUGACCUGCUGAAACGGUUGCCUAUUGCAGACGAUGGGAAAAUACUUAAAAACUUAUUACUUGAUUAUAUAAAGUGGCAUUCUGGGGCGAAGUGUCGUAUCUCCAAACUGGGUGACGUUCUAGAAGACUUAGGUUUCAAUCUGGAGGAGGAAGAAAUUGAAGACCUGGCAAGCCGUCUGCCAGUUGAAGAUGGGAGGGUCAAGAUGAGCGAGGUAAUGGAGAAUAUGGAGUCGUUCACAGGAAACAAAGUGGAUGUUGCUCAGAUAGAUCAUGUUUUGAAAGACAUAGGGAUAGAUCUCACACUUAAGGAACGCUGGGACCUGAUGAAGACUCUGCCGGUUACCUGUGAUAAUAAAGUGUAUCGGAACCGAUUGUUGGAUAGUUUAAAAACUUUUCACAGAGGAAAAGGUUUAACAAGUAAACUAGAAACCAUCAUGGAAAACAUGGACUACACUGUUUCUGAAAAAGAUACGAAAAAACUACAGAACUACUUGAAAAUUGAUGAUACUAACAGGUUUUCACUGAGCUCCUUGUCAAAUGCAGUCCAUUUGUUUUCGGGUCCUCAAGUAAAUGCCAAUGAUAUACAACCAUAUCUGGAAAACGUAGGCAUUGAAUUAACAGACAGUGAAAGCCAACUGAUUCAGAGCAAAGUUCCAGUCAAUGAUGACAACAUGGUGUUUAAAAAUAUGUUGGCAGACUCGCUGCGGACUCUCAGGAGUGGAAAAGUUGAUGUUGAUAAUAUUUAUGAAACUACUCAAUUCCUGGGAUAUCCUGUUGAGGAAGAGGAAGUAUAUGAAUUAACUGACAAGCUGCCAGUUGAUUGUAACAGGAAACUCAAGCUGGAUUCGCUUCUGCGAGAAUUAGAUUCAUAUUUAGGGGAAGAAAUUGACCAUAAUGACUUCAGCAAUGUCCUUAAAAGCAUUGGGUUAAGACUCCACCUAAAAGACAGCAAUUUAUUAAUGAAAUCUGUGCCACUUGAUGCUUCUGGGAAGGUGUACAAGAACAAGUUGAUGGAUAUCAUCAAGAGUCUCCAGGGAGUUCACAUUGAUCUGAAAAAAAUAAAGGCUUUAAUGGAAAACAUGGGUUAUGAUCUUGAUUCAAGUGAAUACGAAGACUUCAUGAGUUACAUGCCCACUAAUAUGAAUGGGAUGGUUCGUUUGAAAGAUGUAAUGGGAAAGGGGAAUUUAUAUACAGGAGACAAGAUCGAUCUUGGAGACUUGCCAGAAUUCCUGGACGAUAUAGGGGUAAAUCUCACAGAAGACUCCAUGAUGAAACUCCUGGGUAAACUGCCGACUGACGGCACUGGAAAGCUAUACAAGAGAAGGUUAAUAAAAGAAUUGGAGACAAUUGAAGAUUUAAAGAUCCCUAAAGCUAAUGUGGAGACCUUCUUUAAAAAGAUAGUCUUUCCGCUCAGCAAAAAGGAAAUACAGAAUGUGAUGGACCAUCUACCAGCUGAUCGUAAUGGGAAGGUUGAAUACCAUGUGUUGAUGGGUGAAAUUAGAAGCGCUUUAGGAGAAUCAAUUCAUGCAGCACAUGUAAAAAAUGUUCUGGAAGACAUAGGAAUAAGAAUGACACACAAAGAAAACAAAAGACUCCUUAAAAAACUACCCAUGUCUAGUGACAAAACAGUGUUUAAGAAAGUACUACUGUCUGGUGUAAAGAACUUCAAAGGAGGGGAAGUCCAUGUCCAUGAUGUGAAAAAUGUUCUUCAACACACUGGUUUCAAACUGGAAAAAGGAGAGCUAAAGGACCUGAAGGCCCACCUGACAGUGACUGACCAUAGAAAGGUUAGCUUGGAUGUGUUGAUGGAUGCAGCUAAGACUUUCACAGGAGAAAAGGUUGACAGCAAAUACUUAAAAAGCGUUCUGGAAAACAUGGGAAUCAAACUCACAGAGAAAGAAGAAUUGAAGCUCUUGAAAUCUCUGCCCAUCUCUAAAGAUGGGAAAGUCUAUAAGAAAAGAUUACUGAACAGUGUGGCACAGAUCAAAGGGAAGAAAGUUCAAGUCUCUAAUAUACCACUGAUUUUGGAGAAUGCAGAAUUCGAACUUGAGAAGGAGGACUAUGAGGACCUGAUGCAGCUUCUAUACAUUGAUGAGAACGGAAUGGUUGAAUUAAAUGUGUUAUUAGAUAAAGCAAAAACUUUUACUGGGGAAAAGGUUUAUAUUGGUGAUCUGAAAAACGUGCUGAGAAAAAUGGGCCUGGUACUCUCCGACAAUGUGUACAAGGAGCUACAGAAAGCUCUGUCAGCUUACACUGGCGGGAAGAUAUAUAAAAGCAGACUGCUAAAAUGCGUGAAGGAUCUCAAAGGGCCACGAGUCAAGGUAAGAAAAGUAGAAUCUCUCUUGGAAAACUUGGGGAUUAAGAUCAAAGGUGAAGAGUUUGAAGAACUAAUAGCCCAGCUUCCACCUGAGGGUAACAAAACAGUGGAUCUGAAUGAAUUGUUGGAUGCCGUCAGUUACAUCAAGGGAGAAGCGAUUGACAUGCAGUACUUGUACAAGUUUCUAGCAAAUGAUGGCAUCAAGCUCACAGAGGAAGAGUUGAACAACCUGAUUCCUUACCUGGCCUUCAACGGAAGCGGGAAGGUUAUCGUACAGACAAUAAUAGACGGCCUGAAGAAGCUUAAACCCAAAGAAAUGGCGAACCUGUACAAGCAGAUAAGUUUCCACUUCCGAAAAGACAGAGUUUCUGACCCCAUGGCAAUUUCGGAUAUUAAAGCCACAAUAAAGCUAAAGCCCUUAAAAACACCUGUCUUUCACAAGAGAAGUAAAGAUUUUCCAGCACCUUUCUAUUUACAACACAAAGAAACCAAGCUGAGCCCUGCACAACUGGAAGCCUUCCAUAAUGCUUACAACUUCUUCACCAAGGAUAGAACUGGCUGUAUUGAUUCACAUGGAUUGAUGAGCACCGUAGCAAAACUGGGAAUGAAUCUAAACACAUAUGAUAUCUACAAUGAAUUGAAAUGUGCUGAUCUUGACAGGGAUGGUAAGAUCAACUUCUCAGAUUUUAUAAAUGUGCUGACAGAUAAGAAACUCUUCUUCAAGGCUGUGGUUCCAGAAAAGAAAAUAAGCUUAGAUUUAGCUAACAACCCAGGAAUCUUACUGUUUGAAAUCCUAUCAAAACUUGUAGAAAUCUCAGCCUUGCACAGAAAGGAUAUAAUAGAGCUAGUAAGCUAUUUCCGAAAAAAGUUCCAGGAAAGCAACUCAGAAAUACUGUGGAAUUCGUACGGGAGAAGAGGCUUAAAGGCAGAUAUAUGCUCUCCCCCUCGCUCAAGCACCGCUGCCUUCGCCAACUCUGCCAGGAUCUCCUUAAUGAAAGAAAAGGAUUUGUUUAAGUUUCUUGAAGCGCUCAAACGGUGUAAUCUCCGUACAGAUAGCCCAUACUCAAAAAUACCUGUGUUUCCAUUAUUUCCUGAUGUGGAUGGGGUGGUGAUGGGAAAACCAUUUAAAGACACACAAAAAAUAGAAAUGCUAAGGAGAAAGGAGCCUCUGACUUUCUUUGAGGACUAUUUUUUCAAUAAAAGAGAUUGGAAAACACAGGCCAUGAAUGUGAAACCUCUCAAGUCUGCCUCAGGCUACUCGGAUGACAUCCUAGCCAUUGACCACCUGUUCAAGAAAAAGCAACAUUGGACUGUGUCUGAUGCAGCUGCUCUCAAACAGCAUGUAAAGAGAGCCACGGAUAGUUAUAACUUAGGAAUUGCCCUUGACCACCGGAAAGAAAUGUUGAACCUCUGGAAGAAGAUCCGAGGGGAUUUGGUUGGCAUCGAAAGCAACAAUGAGUCCUUUUACAACACCUUUUCCACCUACACCUGGUCCUGGAAUGUCGGCCAGGAGCUGCUCUCCGCUAAGGACCUGCACUUGCACGACGCCAGCGUGAACAAGAACUCCCCCUCCAACUCUGGAUUAUCUUCCCCGUCGGACCUCAGUGAGUCUGACCUGGAGACAGGGAGGAAAAGGAAACGGAAAGGCUUCAAAGGGUUUCGGCAAUGAAAAGCCUGUGUUUUCUAAACAACUCUUCAAAAACUGCUCUCCAAAGUAAUCAAAAUUAUGGUUUCUUGCUUUUAUCUACUACGUGCUUAGCAGGUGGAAAUUUGACAUCUUUUGGAUUCCGACAAGUAAAAACCUUUGAAUCACAGGA